GCAUAGGCGCGCGUUUACACCAUCAAGCGCUCAUCCAUUCUGUCCAGUGUGGAACAUAGAACCUGUUCCCUCUGUGUGAGAAAAAGAGAGAUGGAGAAAGAAACAGAGAUGAAGCAAUCCAAGUUCAAGAGGAUUUGUGUCUUCUGUGGUAGUAGUCCAGGGAACAAAACUACUUACAAGGACGCUGCUAUUGAGCUUGGAAGAGAAUUGGUGUCAAGAAAUAUCGAUCUAGUAUAUGGAGGGGGCAGCAUUGGUUUGAUGGGGUUGAUUUCUCAGGCUGUCUACGAAGGUGGUCGGCAUGUAAUCGGAGUUAUUCCCAAGACACUUAUGCCAAGAGAGCUCACUGGAGAAACAGUGGGGGAAGUGAAGACAGUAGCAGACAUGCAUCAAAGAAAAGCAGAGAUGGCCAAACGUUCUGAUGCCUUUAUUGCCUUACCUGGUGGUUAUGGGACACUUGAGGAACUCCUUGAGGUGAUAACAUGGGCUCAACUUGGCAUCCAUGAUAAACCGGUGGGGUUGCUGAAUGUUGAUGGAUACUACAAUACCUUUUUGUCUUUCAUUGACAAAGCAGUGGAAGAAGGGUUCAUCAGCCCCACUGCACGCCAUAUAAUUGUAUCAGCACCAACACCAAAAGAACUUGUCAAAGAGAUGGAGGAAUAUUUCCCACAACAUGAAAGAGUUGUCUCCAAGGUAAGCUGGGAGAGGGAACAGCUACAUCAGUCUUCACAUUGUGGAAUUUAAUGGAGUUUUAGACUAUGAUGUUGAUGGAAGUUUGUGUAGAUGAUAGUUGUUAGUUAGAAUUUCAAAGUGGAAGAGACUAUUAUGGUAGCCUAUGACCACAAUUUCCUAGAGCCGAAUUCUUUGUGCUCUUCUACAUUUCGUUGCUAGUGUAAACAUUUGACUGAAAUCUAGUUCUGAAGGUUAACUACCAUCUUCAAUUUCAA